CCCUGCGCCAUCGCCGCGUGCCGGGGGUUCGCGGGGCCCGAUGCGCGGAGCCCCGUGCUCGGCGCUGACGGCCUCUCCGCUCUCUCCGCAGUGCUCGUGGGGUGCUGCGCGCGGCUCUGCCCGGCUCUCGGCAGCGGGGUGGGCUCCACGCGGGGCACGGCCGGCCCCUGCGCGCACCCAGGGAACGCGGCGGGGGAGCGCUGCCGGACAGAUCCGCAGCACGGAGCGGGGUGGCUGCAAACAGAGGCUGAGCUGUUCCCCUUCCCUGGGACCCCGCCCGGGACUGCUGAGCCACCCAGCACCGGCAGCAGCCCCGGGGAGGCCGGGACGGGCCCUGCGGCGCGGGAUGGAGCGAGCACUGAGGCACAGCCUUCGCCCUCCGCUGGUAUCACUGAGGCAGCUGCAGGCAGCGAGGGAACGUUCCCCACACGCCCCGGGAAGAGCCCUGCCAGGGUGCCCUCAGCAGGCCCCAUGGUGCCGAGCACAGCUCUGGCCAGCAGUUCUGCCCCCGGGAUGGAGCCCAUAGGAAAUGAGAUGGCAGAAAGUGCCCCAACCUCACAGGGGACCCUCUUGCAUUCAUCGUCACGUGUUACGAUACCCAGCAGCACUGGGGGGCAGUGGGGAACCCCCAGCACUAUGGGGACAGCGCUCACACAGAGUUGGGGGGGCUCACUCAGCGCCUCGCACCCAGAGCCAUCGGCCAGGGGUGCCACCAUCCCACCCAGUGACAGCAGAGCAGGGACCCCCCAGAGCCACACAACAGACAGCCCUGUGCCAGGGGCGAGCGGGACAACGCCUUCUGGGGGUGGGCUGCAGAGAGUGCAGAGCCCACCGGGAAAAAUGGGAGGGAUGCACCAGGUGCUGGCAGGCACGGGGCCGGCAGGAGGACAGGGCUUGGAGUCACACCCACUGCAGGGGACAACUGUGGCCUGGCUUGGUCCCCAAGCCACGUCCCGCCCCUCUCUGCUGUCCCCAGGGGUUGGUGGCCGUGGAAGGCUGAUGUGGCAGCCCAGGGGCCCUGGGGCCAACACGGCCCUACUGCCCACGGGGUCACAUCUGCCUGACCCUAGCACCAUGGCCACUGCCCCAGGAGUGACGUCCCCCAGCUCUGAGGGAGCCCUGGACCUGACUGCAGAGGUGUUGGGGCUGCCCAGCAUUCAGGGUUCCCCUGGGCCCAGUCGUGUCCCCAUGAACCAGACCUGGCAUAUCUCAGCUCUGCCAGCGGAAGCCCCCACCUUGCCGGUCCCACAGCCCUCCCCGGGGCUCAGCCUUUCUGCAGGCACCCCCACAGCAGUGUCCCCAGGGCCUGGACAUGCUGACAGCACCCAGGUCCCAGCAGGGGCCCCGGUGUGGGCAAGUGACGCUGGGCCUUGGGCAGUGACUGUGCCGCCGAGCACAGCCUCCCCCACAGCCCCCAGCUCUCCACUGCAGCCAGCCCUGACCCAACCCGCACCGUCUCCACCGCUGACCUUUGCCAUCAGCACUACCACCACCGCCACCGUCAACAUCGCCACCGCUGCCACCAGCACAGCCACUGCCACCAGCACAGCCACUGCUACCAGCCCCGCACUGCUCGGGGAUGAGAGGACAACCCCACUGGAGCCCAGCACUGCUGCAUGUCGGGGGGUUGUGGAGGAGCUGACGCGGGGGCCCAGUGUGGUGCCAGGGUCCCCCCAUCAGUCCACGGAACCCCCCGGCGCUGCAGAGUCACCCCUGCCAGAGAGCAGCCCCGCAGAGCGGCCACACGCCGACCCCACGCACCUGACACCAAACCCGGCGGCGACGGGCAGGGCCACCCCCGUGUUCAUCGUGGAGGAUGAACCGCCGCUGCUGCGAGCGCCCCUCCUGCGCGUGCCCUGCGAGCUGGCGCUGGACAUGGCCUUCGUGCCCGCCCUGCGCGACCCCACGUCCCAGGAGCAUCACGCGCUGCUGCGCAGCUUCAACCGGACGGUGGCGUCCCGGCUGGCGGCGGUGCCCGGCUUCGUGCGACUCGAGGUGACGGCCGUCAGGGCGGGCAGCUCCCGUCAGGUGGUGCUGCACUACGACGCGCUGUUCGCGGCCGAGAUCGUGCGGGCGGCGGCGCUGGGAGCGCUCCUCGACGCGGCGCUGCGCUCCGGCGGAACCGCGGCAGUGGGCGCCGCCCGCGUCCUGCGGCACACGGCCCGCGCGCCGGAGCCCUGCGCCGCGUUGUUCUCCUGCCCCGACGGCUUCGCCUGCGCAGUGGGGGCGGACGGGAACGCCACGUGCACGUCCCUCUGCCACCGCAACUACUGCCGCAACCACGGCGUGUGCGCGCACCCCCGCGGCCGCGGCCCGCUCUGCCGCUACCGCCGCUUCUGCCGCCCGGACGAGGCCGCGGCUCCGCACUGGGCGCGCCCGUGGCCGGGCUCGGGCAGCUCCCUGGACAACCCCGCCUUCAGCCGCUCGGAGGAGCUCCUGCACCUGCACCUGCCGGAUGACGGCUGCUGCUGCCGCCGGGACCCGUUCAGCGCCGCGCAGCGCCCGGAGCCGCCCGCCCUCGGGCACGGCUUCCAGUACGGCUGGGACACGAGCUGCAGCAGCGUGAACGAGCCCAUGGUUGACUCAGGUAAAGCCAGCGACAUCUCGGUGUCCAGCUGGCCCGCGGAGCCCAGCCCCUGGGCGCCCUUCUCCCUCCUGCAGCAGCUCUCCAGGCAGCAACCGCACCCAGGCAGGCGGCCGCGCUCCUUCUGCGAGGGAAUGGAGCUGGCCACGCUGGAGCGGAGCUGGACCGCCUGA